UUGCUUUUCCCCUUUAAUUGUUCUUCUUCUCCUUCUUCAUCAUAGUUUAGAACGUGCUGCAGUCGAGUCGAGAGAAAGAAAAAAAAUGGUCAGGAAUGGUCACAUACAUUCACCAACUAUACACUUGAAAGAGCAUGUGGAUUCUACUACAAAAACCAACGAUCAAAAAACAGAAGGUUCUAUCAGUUCUUGCCACCAUAAAGAAACUAAACCCGGCCGGGUUGCAAAUUCUGAAGCACCCAUAAGCGUUAUUGGUAGGAAAGUGAUGAUUGUCGUUGAUCCAAGCAUUGAAGCCAAAAACGCAUUGCAAUGGGCCUUAACUCAUACGAUUCAGAGUCAUGACAUUGUAGUCCUUCUCUAUUACAAGAAAACUACUUCUAAACAAGGAAAUGAGUCGACUAAGGUGAAAGCUACAAAAUUUCCCGGUUUUCUUUAUGCUAUGAAACACACUUGUCAGAUGAAAUGUUCAGAUGUACAAGUUGAAAUAUUCUUGCUCGAAGGGAAGGAUAAAGGAACAACUAUCGUUGAGGAAGCAAAGAAGCAAGAGGCGACGAUGUUAGUGUUGGGGCAAAAGAAACAAUCGAUGACAUGGCGUUUGUUGUUGACAUGGGCAGGUAAACCAAUGAAUGGUGGUGGUGGAGUGGUGGAUUAUUGUCUCCAAAACGCCACUUGUAUGGCGGUGGCAGUACGACGGAAGAAUAAAAGAGUUGGUGGUUAUCUCAUUACCACCAAGCGCCAAAAAAAUUUCUGGCUCUUGGCCUAAUUAAAUCCUAAAAUACCAAAAAUGGAAGGAAUACAUAUUUGUGGCAUAUUAUUCGAUUAUUGUGAAAUUUCAGUUAAUAUGUUGGCUACAUUUUAAACUCGAUGUCGGUAAAGAAUUAUGUUUUUAUAAUAUUUGUUGAUGACUUUCA